UGAAGAUUGAGCUGAGCUGAGAGAGGAAGGAGAAGGAGCAAAAAAGAGGAAAAGGGAGAAGAAAAGAGCAUGCAAGCUACUAAAGUGACUUUAAGCUGUGACUUGGGCAUUGUCAGACCCUCUGAGCUGUGCCCCUCGCCCUCGGGCCUCCUGGAAUAGCCCCAACGGCUUGACCGGGUUUCAAGAGUGCAGGCAUCGUCUCUGAGGUUCAUUGUCAUAUAAGAUGUCAGACUCUGUGGAUUACAAAGAUAACACCAUCAUCCAAGAAGCCAUGGACUCAAGAUUAACCUGUGGGAUCUGUAGAGGGCGCUACAACGAUCCUCGUCUCCUGCCAUGUCUUCACACGUAUUGCAUGUCUUGUCUCCAAGGUCUCGAGUCUCACGUCCUCUUCUAUCGGGAUGAUGGUAGCGAUACCAGUUCUUUGAGUAGUAUGCUGAGCCACUUGGGCAAUAAAGCGUCUGCCAUCAUGUGUCCCGCAUGUGGUACCGAGGUGGAGUUGUCCAAAGGAGGUCUAGGAGUGUUUCCGGUCGAUUUCAUGGCUCAGAGGAUCCUGGUCCUCGACUCGCUGAACCCGAACUCAAGCAACCUCAUCUGCGACCUUUGCACGGAUAACUCCAAGGCCAUUUCACGCUGUGUGGAAUGCAUGGUGAACGUGUGUGGUUUCUGUGUGCAGGCCCACAAGAGACAACGCAAGACGGCCGGCCACGGCGUGAUCAGCCUCCACGAAGCUCAGCGUCAAGGGACGACCCAAAUCCACUGCCCUGUCCAUUGCCCGAAGCAUACCCAGGAGGAGCUGAAGUUCUUCUGCGAGACGUGUGACCAGCCGGUCUGCCGGGAGUGCUGUCUGGUGGAGCAUAGAGAGCAUCUGGUGGAGUAUACUGAGGACGUUGCAGAGCACCAUGCAAGGGUCAUCGCCAACCUGAUCUCUCGUCUCCAACCGCACAUGCAAGCCAUCAUGGCGGGCAAGGCUGCAUCGGAACACCUUGAAUGCAUGAUCAAGGAGCGCGGAGAGCAGGUCAAGUGCGAGGUGAAUCACUACUUUGACAACUUCAUCCAGGCUCUGCAGUCACAUCGGCAGUCUCUGGUGACUCAGAUCGGGCAGGUCUGCGACACAAGGUCCAAGUCCCUGCAGUCGCAGCGAAUACAGCUCCAGCAGAUCCUCACCGACAUGGAGCACAGUAGCCGAUUAGCAUCCCAAGCACUGGCUGACAGCAACAACAAAGAGCUCAUGUCCAUUAAACCACUGAUCUCUCAAAGGCUGUGCCACCUGAAUCGCAUCUCCUACCAGAGCACACCCAAGGGAGAUUCAACUCUCCAGUUUAAACCCAAGAUUGUGUCUAAGAAAGUGGUGAAUGGAAUGCAGGUUCCUGGCAUUGUGGACACCAAGAUAGCUGACUGUAACAAGAGCAUUGCUAAGGGAGACGGUCUUCAUAGAGCCAAUCUAGGCCAACUAACCACCAUCACCGUUUCUCUCCAAGAUGCGAUGGAGCAGGCCUAUCAUCAUGGAGCGGAUGAAAUCAUGGCUGAACUUCUUGCCAUAGAGGGCAGGACAAGAGCAUAUCCAUGCAAGGUGGCCGAGAACGCCGAUGGGAGUUACGGAGUGAGUUACACACCCAAGCAGCUAGGAGCCCAUUCGCUUCAAAUCCUUGUCAAUGGCCAUCACAUCAGGGGGAGUCCCUAUAGCGUGUCGGUGAAGGUUGGAUGGCAGGAGCACACUGGUAUAUGGCAUUGCUGUACAUUCUGUUCCAGUGAGGGCAACAAGCAAGCUACCUGUGCAUGUGGGGCCAUCAUGCCUGGUGGCUUCAAGGGUUGUGGUCACAGUCACCAAGGCCAUCCGGGGAAGUGGCACUGGUCGUGCUGCGCCGUCAACGCGAGAGAUGCCGAAUGCACUGCUCGUCGUACCGCCCUGAGCAACAACAACACUCUCGCUGCGCUACGUAGCAGAAUUCCCAGCACCAGCUCUGGAUCUACCGACCACUCAUCCAGAUCGGGAGAUGGAGGGCCUGUUAAGUUUAUUGAGAAACCCACAUUGGACAAAAGAGUGGUCUCUAAAAGUAAAGUCAAGACUGUGUCUUUAUAGGUACAUGUAUGUGUGGAUCUAAUUAAGGGUCAGUUGCCUUCUUGGGGUACUGAUGUUGGAAAGAAACUUAGAGUUGAUUACAUUCAUGUAGAGGUUUCAGAAUUUAUUUGAGUAUAUUGAGAAACCCAUGUUGGACAAGAGAGUCUCCAAAAGUAAAGUCAAGACGAUGUCUUUGUAGGUGUGUAUAGAACUGAUCAAAGAACACUUGCCUUCUUUGGGUACCGAUGUUGGAUAGAAACUCGAGAGUUAAUUGCAUCCAUGUAGAGGUUUCAGAAUUUAGCAUCGUACAUUUGCGUUCAGGAGAAAAGAUCGUUUGGCAGAAAGAUUUCUGAAAAGAUGAUUAGUACUACAAAAUUGGAGAAUAGCGUUGAAGAGAGCCAUAUCUUAAGCUUUUUGACUUGCACUCAUCAGAGUAAAACGCAAGAAUGAAACAGAAAGCCGAAAUCGAUCAAUAUAAACAGAUACUAAAAGGAACAAGGCACGAAUAUAACAAGCGCUGAUUUCUGUUACUUAAAUGUCUUUUCAGAAAUAUCGUAUUCUGUUACAUCAUCUUGUGCUUUGAGAAAGCAAACAUAAAGGGUACCUGUGUUGAAACAGCAGAGAGGCUUCAAAAUACGAUUGUAUUGAUUAAGGAUGAAAAACUUUCAAAGUUUUUUGUUCAAAAGAAUGAUUAUUUAAGAUGUGGUAUGAAUUUUCAGCACACGAAGCAGUGUAUUUAUUAUGUCUUUCUACGCAUUCUGUAGAUAAUCAGGCCCAACUAUCAUAUUAGUGAGAGAGGGGGCUGUUUAUGUUCAUGCUGAAGAGACUCGUUUUCUUUUGAUUUGGUUCACUUUUCUUUUUUCUUUUUACAUUUAUAGCAAAUUAUUUGCAGGCACUUGAAAGACCGAUCACUCUCUUAAAAAGAGCAAGACAACUCUGAUUAUUUAUGAUUUUAAAAAAUUAAAAAAUUAAAAGUAUGAUGAAUAUGAGAAAUGGUAGGUGUUGUGCAGUAUGUGUUGUAAUGUUACGUUUGAAUAUAUUUGGGAAAGGAAAGAAGUAACGGGAUGUAAUAGGGACUAAAACCAAUAAAAAAUACUUUUUCGUCCUUGAUUUGAUGAUUCUUGCAAAAUUGCUGUUUUAUUUCACUUGAAAAAUUCACAUGAACUAUGCAA